GCUUCAAGCAGUAAAUGCCAGGAACACUGGAAAAAAAAUGAAACCUUACUCGGCUCAGAAUUCAUUCAGAAAAAUAAUUUUGGAAGGCAUGUAUUUUUGCCAAAUACAAUAUAUCCGCUCAGGUUUUUACUUGUAGCAAUAUUUAGUUAUAAAUGCUUGAUAAAACGGUAACAAAAACAUAAAUCUGUUUGGUUAAACAAAAAUAGACCUGCUCACUAAACUGAAUAUAUAAUUUAAGUCAUUGCUUAUAUUUUUUUCACUUUCUCUGUCAUUAAACAUCUUCCCUUUCUAAGCGACAGCUUGUAAAUAAAAGUUACAGUCUGCUGAUCAAAGUAUUGGCAGCAGCUGUAGGAUAACUUGUCCACCAGUUGGUCUGGUGUCUUCUGACUCCUCGGGUAGGAGUCGAGUUUCAGAUGGUCGACCUAUUCAACACGCUCCAUCAAUAAUGCAACGUCGACUGAUGUGCUUGUUGUUGAAAUCCGUCCUGCAUUUCACAGCCCUCGUUUCGCACCUCCUCUUCCCUGUAACGCGUCUCAUUAAUAAUGCCCAAGGCAGAUCAGGUGCAGGGUUGCAGGUUGAUUUGAAGGUGAGGAGUAAGUUUUUUUUUCUCUGAGCACAGAGCAGCCUAACGGGGAACAUCUGAUCGAUGGACAUCAAUCAAUGAGGAGAAAUCAAUGCAUGUUUCUGUAAAGGCCUAAUUUAUUCUAAUCAAACAUGAAAUCUGUUCUUAGCCCGGUUCUGCCUCAGCUGAUGUUCUCUGUAGUAAAAGGAUAAAUUUGAUCUUUUUACACUUUAUUUAACUACAAUCACUGCUUUACUAGGAGGACAAUAAAGAUGUGGUCUUCACCAACUGUUCGUAUGGUUUGCAUCCUAUUUGGGAUCAUAAGUGAUAUCACACCGGUGUGUUCACAACCCAGAUUAGUUCCAGGACAGAACAACAAGAUGACUGCUGAGGACGGCAAGUUAGGAGAGGACAUUCAAAAAGUCAUUGAUGAAAUCCACCUCCUCUCUGAGCAAAACUCACGCAGCUUUGCUGUCCCCUCCACAGAGGACCAUCUCAACCUGAAUACAUACUAUAGCAUCCUCAGUAACCUCUACAGGCUUUUUCAACCACUGAUGAGAAAGGGUUUUUUUGAUGACCUGCCUAAAAUGCUGGUUUGCCUUCUCUUAGAGAGACAGGACUGUGGCCUAGAGGCAGAGCUAACAAAGACAGUUUCAUUGGAGAUGGGGAAGCCGUUCCUUAUGUUUUUCUCCUCACUCAGAUCUCAGACCUGUGGUCCAAUGACCCCCGAUGGAGAGUCGAGGAGCUUCUUUGGGACCUACCUCAAUGUUGGAAGCACACUGACAUCGGCAUUUAGUGGUUUUCAGCAGCUGUUCAUUAACAUGCUGUCAAACCUCAUGCUGUCUGAGAACUUGACUAAUGUUCUGCGUAGCCUUCUAGAUUCACUUUCAGCCAAUGUGCUACAUUUCCUAUCAAUGUUCCUUGAAAUACCAGUUGAUUAUGUGAGAAUAGCCUUAGAGUUCGGAAUUGAAGUCCCAUCCCUGGAUGGACAAGACACCUGCCAGCAAGGCGAUCUCAAGCAGCUAAUUAUGUGGGGACUAAAGCGCAAUGUGAGUUGGUCUUUUGGCGUCCCACUUGUUGACAUCCUCCUGGAAUCCUUCCUCCCCUUAGAUGAAUCUUUGAACAAUUAUCCAGGAGCAGGAUGCCACAGUCCUUCCAGCAUCCUCUUUCAGCGCAGCGCAUCACCACCAAACAAACACACCGAUAUCCGCUACAAGAUGUCGUGUGAUCAUCAAAACCUGGCCAAUAUCAAUGACACUCUCUGUGCUGAUGUCCUCAUGGGUUUAGGAAAUGCAUCUCUGUCUUUGUUAACCUUUUGCAAAGCCCUGGGCUCCCUGAACAACAGCCAGAUGGAGCAUGUGUGGAGCAACAUGUGUUAUAUUUUUCAGAUGUUGACGUCUCCACUGGUCAACAAGUCAUCUAACUGUGUUGUUGAGGACACCCAGCCCUCUGCUGUGUCCAGCCCUCUGAACGAGUCUCAGCUGGUCCCUCCUUCAGCUCCUCGCCGAGUUGCCAGGGAGGCUUCAAGGCUCCAACAGCUGGACUGCAAUUAUAGCAGCUGGUUGAACAGCACUGCAGAUGCUGCUCUUGUGUCUUUCUGCAGAGAUAAUGAUAAUAAAGAGUUUGUGAGGCAGGUCUGUAACAAUGCUUCACUGAUGAAGAAGCUGCUCUUAGAUCAGGCGAACAUCUGGCUAUAUGGAUUCUGUGCUAACUCCUCUGCAGAUGAUGUGUACAUGGUGAGUCAGUUCUGCAGGUAUGAGCAGUGGAUUGACCAGCCUUCUUAUCAAGUGGGUGCUGCCCUGCUGCAGUUUUGUAUCAGCCUUGAUGCUCCAAGGCUCACCAGUCUAAUUUGUGAGCACACUGGAUUUUUCAUGCUUCUAAACUCCAACCCUGACAACUGGCAGCUGAUGCCCAACUGCACAAAUUCACGCCCUCCAGCACCGUUCCCUAACCCCAGUUUAUUACAAUUGGAUUCCUGCCAAUACUCAGAGUGGCACAACGUGAUGCAGAUUACCACAGAUAUUUUAUCAAAGUGCAUCCUUAUUGAUCAGAUUAGAUUUGCGACUGAGGUUUGCGCGAAUAAAACCUUUCUUAGCAACCUUCUGCAAAAUAAGGACAUUGCAUGGCUGGAAACCCACUGCAGCACCUUUUUGGUUGUUCAACCCACUGAACCAAUUCCAACCUUUGACCUGGCAUCGUGGUGCGACUAUCACACCUGGGGGGAGAGGCAGGUGGACGAUUCUGUUGUUGGCCUCUGCUGGCAGAACGAUCAAGCUGCUUUUCAGGAGAACGUGUGCUGCAAGAUAGCUGUGUUUGAAAAGUUGCUGGAAAACCCUAAGAACAAGUGGCUCACAACAGUCUGCACUGACAUGGAGAAAAUAACCGUGACACCACAGCUUUGCAGGUACACUGACUGGACCCAUCCUAUCAUCGUGGAUAUGACUGAGCUGGCUCUCUGUGCUGAGAUUGACCCACAGAACUUCACUUCCAAAGUCUGUGCUAAUGCUACAGUCAUACAGAACCUUCUGGCCAAUCAGGAUAAUGCAUGGCUGGUACAGUACUGCAGCAACCACUCAAGCUCAGUGAGCCCUCCUGUUACAGGUGGAGGACAGACCACCCUAACUGGAUUCAUAGUCUUUGAGCAGUGUGUGUACUCCAACUGGAUCACAUCUCUUCCAAAUGCAACACUCCUGGCUCAGUGCUGGGAGAACGACCAGGCCAAUUUCGUCUCAUCUAUCUGCCCUAACCCUGUCCUCCUUUUGCUUCUGUCCCGGGAGCCAUCUACAGCCUGGGUGAGCAGUAUGUGUACUACCUUUACUAACUACACCAACACCCCCACAAAGAACGGUACCACAACAGUACCCAACACCUGUGCAUCACAGACUCUAAUGAAGCAGUUCACCUUAUUGUGCCCAAAAUACCUCAUCCAAGACUGUCAGCCUUGUCCCAGUGAGAACAUGAUCCUACAAAUGAUGGUGCGCUGCUGGGUGGAGAGUCUGAGCUCAAGGAUGGAGAGUCUGCUGACUACGCCUGUAACUGAGGUGCUAAAUAAGGCAGUUGCUACUACUGUGGUGAUCCUGCUGGCUGUAGAGGACUCAAUGGGUCCCAUUUGGCAAGUCAACAACACCAUAAGACAAAACGUCCUGGCGUCUAUUGUUGACUUUUUAAAAAGAGAAACCAACCAGGACAAGAAGACAGUGUUGCUACAAUGCUUUGGGAUAGUACUCAGCAAUUUGCUGCAGUCAACAAGAGACAUGACUAGCAAGGAACAGCUUUUCAUCAAGGAGUAUUUCAGUUUGCCUUUGAGCAGCCUAAGGCCAGUGUUGGCUGCUGCACAUAUCAGCACAGUCAGGCUGAUCCUUCAGUACUAUAACAGAUUCAAGGACUCCCUACAGUUAUCAGAUGAAUACCAGUCCACCAUGGUGUCAGUGCUCCUAAAGAUCCACCAGGCAAAAGAUGAGAAACUUCUUCUUGAGUUGGGCUCUCUGCUGGCUGCAGCAAGUCCAACUGAUAUCCAGGCAUUGCCCUCCAUGCUCAACAUCAAUGUGCGGGAAACUAUCAACACAAACAUGGACAGAAUGAGUCUGGCCCAGCGAGAGGCAUUCGGCUUGUGGUACAGCAAAGUUAUGUCCGCCUCUAACAUCACUGGAGGUCAUCUAUCGCUCAUCAGGGACACAGGAAACCUGAUUGCUUACUUGCCUUUCCACAGUUUCCAACACCUUUCAGCUGCUCAGCUGUUCGAUGGUCUGGAUGUGUUGCAGAGAAACACGCUCUCUUCUCUAAAGCAGGAAUUCAUUGCCGACAAAUUUAUUGGGACCUACAGGAACCUGACGGCUCAGGACUUUAUCCGAUUGGGAAAUCUGUCAUGCCUCGCAGAUCCAGAGGAUCUCCUUGUUUACAGAAAUACUGAAGCCUUUCAGGUCAUCCAGGAGAACAUAUUGAGCUGCGCACUCAAAGGACUCAGUCUGCCCAGUCAAAUGGUUUCAGAUUUCUUACUCAACAACCCAGAGCUUCAGACCCCGUCCUCACUCAGUGCUAACCGACUGAAAGAGCUUGCCCCACUCCUGCCCUUACUAGGUGUAACCUUCUUAAAGGAUCUGACAUCAUCUCAGCUGAUCUCUGCUCUUCCUGCACUUAAAUCCGUACCAUUCACACCAAUACAGGCAUCUAUAAUUGUGGACAAGCUGUUUUUAAACAACACGCUGAGGCAGAACCAGCUGCAGGAGCUUGGCUCGCUCAUUGUUGGUGUAAAGACAGAGACCCUGCUGCCCCUCACUUCUGACAGACUGCUGUCCAUGUUGAAGGCCCUCAGCCAACACACUCCCAUCCGCUGCCUGCCACACAAGCAUGCCCUCUGCGCACCAGAAGCAAACGCCAUUGCAACCAAACUAUGGGGCUUUCCAGAAGUUGUCAGCUGGCUGGAUGACGUGGAGCCUUUGCUCAGAUGCACGCCCCUGCUGAGUAUCCUUCCCAGAACUCGCCUUCUUGUGGAAAGACUCUCUAAUACAUCCACUAAACCUUGGAACACACAGCAGGCUCAAGCAAUUGUCAAAGAGCUGAUUAAUAUUAACCCAGAUCUAAUCAAACAAGAUUUUCUGACUCUGCAAAGACUGGGUCAGGGUCUCAGCUGUAAGAUCUUAAAGUACCAUUUUCAGGCUGAUAAAUCACCUUCUUCUGUGAGGAAGAUUUUGAGCUUCCUUCAGAAGCAGCCUACUGUUCUUCACACUUCCCUGAAAAAGUGUGUGAUCGAGGAGCUGGACACAUUUGACUUCACCGACAUGCUUCAGGAUCUUGGAGCUGAAAUUGCUUUGUCGAUACCGGUGAGCACCAUUAAGAAGUUUUCUGCAGAUAAGAUGGACACUCUGAGGAACAUGAUUGUCACUACACCUCAACACUUUCUCAUGUUAUCCAGAACAAAACAGGAGCUUCUUGUUGACAAGAUUGUUCAGAGGAUGGCCAUGAACACCGGGCCAUUCACCGAAGAGGAGUUUCGUUCACUGGGCAUUAUGGCACCAUUUGUGGAGGAUGAAGUUUUUGUUCAGUUGGAACGAACCUUCUUCAUUCAAAACCUGGAAUACCUCAAAGGACUGUGCUACAGCAGCAGCAAGACGGAAAUAGUGGCACGUAUGCUGCAAGAACCUGCUGUUUUUGGGCCAGUGAAAAACUGGAACAAGGCAACUCUCAGUGCGGUGGGACGGUUUCUCUUUUUCCUGCCUUGGAACAUUCUACAGGAGAUUUCAUCGCCGUUGAUGACGGUGGGGCGCAUAGAGAGGCUGUUCAUGAGCCACCGUCAUUGGGAGGAGGGGGAAGUGGGGAUCCUCUGCUCAGACAUGAACGAGAGGAAGGAACUUUCUCAAAAACAGCAGUUUGUUCUGCAGACUUACCUGGGAUUCCUGAAAAUAAAUUCUUUCUCACUUCCUCAAAUUGUUCCGACCUGUGAAAUCCUGCGUACCACAGCCCCGUCUGCCUGGACUUCAAGCAGCCUUGGCAGGAUGUCUUCAUCUGCCUUCUCCAACUGUCUGGAGCUAAUGGGGCAGGACCCCUUCCUUCAAUCCUAUCAGCGUGCAGAGGUUCUCAGCAGAGUAAAAAAGAUAUAUGGCCCUAUCUCCUCCUUCUCCCAGUCUCUAAUUGCUCAGCUGGGUGGAAUAGCAUUAGAGCUGUCACCAGAAGAGCUGAGUGCUCUUCAUCUGGAAGAACGAAGGAGUAUUGCUGCUAUGGGAGCCAUCAGCACCUGGAACAACAGACAGCUGACUACACUGUUUACUAGAGUGUUGAACUCCACCAAGCGGACACCGAGUCAGCUUGACUCCAGCAUGCUGGUGGCGCUCGGACACAUUGUGUGCGGAGCUAAAACCACAGAGAUCAAGACUUUUAACAAUGUGGAGUUAAGUAAGGCAGUUCUCUGGCUGGGGCAGCUGAGGCUGUCCUGCUCAGAGGAGCAGAUGCUUGCUCUGGUUGAGCUGCUCACCAACAAUCUUGCUUUUGGACCCAUGGAUUCAUGGGGCACAGAUGUGUUUAUUGAAAUAGGAGUCCUGGCAGCUGGUCUUCCUGAUAUUGCCAUGUCAGCUCUGGUGAAAGAACAAAUCGAAGGUAUCACGCCCCUGGCUAUCUCCAUUAUACCUCCUGAAAAGUUUGCUUUCUUGCUUUAG